AUGACGAUAACUGAAUUACCGGCCAUCCGAUGGGGCAUUAUUGCUACUGGCAUGAUCUCAUCAUGGUUUGUUGAGGACCUCGUCUUAGAAUGGGAAGAGGUGAAGGUGAAACACAUCAUCCAAGCCAUCGGGUCUUCGAGUCUCCAGAAAGGCCAGGAUUUCGCCGCAAAGUACUGCCCCAAACAAAGCCCUCAAAUCUAUGAUAGCUACGCAGAGGUUUAUAAGGACGACGACGUGGACAUUGUGUACAUUGGCACCCCACACGGGUAUCACUAUCGCGACUGCAUGGAAGCCAUCGCCGCUGGCAAGAAUGUUUUGUGCGAGAAGUCUUUCACCCUCAACGCAAAACAGGCAAGAGAGAUCUUUGAAACUGCACGGGCGAAAAAUGUUUAUGUUGCAGAAGCAAUGUGGCUGCGUCAUCGACCUCUAUACAUUGAGCUGAAGCGGCUACUGCACGAGGAAAAGGUCAUUGGGGAUGUAUUCCGGGCAAACUGUGACUUUGCAUCGGAUAUUGGUCUCACAAAUCUACCAGAUACAUCUAGGUAUCGUGACAUCAGCCUCGGUGCAGGAUCACUGCUCGACAUUGGUGUUUAUUCUUUGACCUGGAUGAUGCUUGCGCUGAAUGAUCGCCCAGCUGGUCAAGGGGAGAAGCCCAACAUCAUAGCUGCUCAAACUCACGAAGAUGGCAUUGAAGUGACGACUAGUGCUAUUUUGCAAUAUCCCUCGACACACCGACAGGGCAUCGUGACGACUACCAACAAAGCUUCUGGUCCCCCUGGCGAGAUUUUUGCGAUCAUACACGGCACUGAAGGAUUUGUUGAAGUUGAAGGGCGGGCACCUUCGAUCCCGGAGUCCUUCACUGUGUAUCCCAAGCAGAAAAGGGGAGCUGCAGAUAGAUGUUUCUUCAAGAGAGAGAAUUGGCAAGGUCAACGGCACGAAUAUGGCCCCGUUGGACGUGGCUUUGUGUACGAGGCCCAGAAUACGGCCUUGGAUGUUCUUGCAGGCCGGAAGGAGAGCAGUAUCAUGCCGUGGGCUGAGACAAUCUACAUCAUGGAAAUCAUGGAUGAGAUUCGGCGACAGGGCAAGACAAUUUACCCAGGAGAGUGA